CCCCCCCUCGGACGUGCCGGGAUCCGGAAACGCGGAGGGAGUUCCGGGAGUUCCGGGGCUCGGAGGGAGCCAAGGGUGUGGGGAUCCCGCCUCAUCCCCUCACCCCUUCAUGGCGCACAUCACCAUAAAUCAGUACUUGCAGCAAGUACAAGAGGCCAUUGAGACCAGAGAUGGUACGUUCUGUGCAGAAUUAGUGUCAUUUAAACAUCCACAUGUUGCAAACCCAAGGCUGCAGCUUCCAUCUCCAGAGGAGAAGUGUCAACAAGUUUUGGAAUCUCCAUAUGAUGAAAUGUUUGCAGCCCACCUAAGGUGUACUUACGCUGUUGCAAACCACGACUUUGUAGAAGCAUACAAAUGCCAAACAGUUAUUGUCCAAUCUUUCCUGCGAGCGUUUCAGGCACAUAAAGAAGAAAAUUGGGCCUUACCUAUUAUGUAUUCUGUAGCCCUUGAUCUUCGAAUUUUUGCUAAUAAUGCAGAUCAACAGCUUGUGAAGAAAGGGAAAAGCAAAGUUGGUGACAUGUUGGAAAAAGCAGCAGAACUGCUGAUGGGCUGCUUCCGAGUCUGUGCCAGUGACACUCGAGCAGGCAUCGAAGACUCAAAAAAGUGGGGCAUGUUGUUUCUUGUCAAUCAGCUGUUUAAAAUUUAUUUUAAGAUCAACAAGCUCCAUCUCUGUAAGCCCUUAAUUAGAGCAAUUGACAGCUCAAAUCUGAAGGAUGAGUAUAGUAUGGCACAGAGAGUUACAUACAAAUACUAUGUUGGACGCAAGGCCAUGUUUGACAGUGACUUUAAGCAAGCUGAAGAGUAUCUGUCAUUUGCCUUUGAGCACUGUCACCGAUCAAGCCAGAAGAACAAAAGAAUGAUUUUGAUCUACUUGCUGCCAGUAAAAAUGUUGUUGGGCCAUAUGCCAACAGUUCAGCUCUUAAAAAAGUAUGACCUUAUGCAGUUUGCUGAAGUAACAAAGUCUGUGAGUGAAGGAAAUCUUCUUCUGCUGAAUGAUGCUCUGACAAAGCAUGAGACCUUUUUUAUUCGAUGUGGAAUCUUUCUUAUCCUUGAGAAGCUGAAAAUUAUCACAUACAGGAAUCUCUUCAAGAAAGUAUAUUUACUACUCAAAACUCAUCAGCUAUCUCUAGAUGCUUUUCUGAUUGCUCUGAAGUUCAUGCAAGUAGAUGAUGUUGAUAUUGAUGAAGUCCAGUGUAUUUUAGCUAACCUUAUAUAUUUGGGUCACAUUAAAGGCUACAUAUCCCAUCAGCAUCAGAAGCUUGUGGUCAGCAAGCAGAACCCAUUUCCUCCACUGUCAACAGUAUGUUGUUGAGUAUUGCAUCUUAGCCAUGCAAGUACUUUUCAGAUGCUCGGUUUGCCCAGUGGAAUUGCUCCCAGUGACCCCAAGAACACUGCAAAUGGCCUGGUUCUUGUCCAGGACUGAAAUAUCAGGAACUGUUUGUGGCUUCUUUCCCAGAAUGGCCAAGGCUGCCAGUGUUACAAAGUGCAUUGAAAUGAAAUGCUGACUUUUAAAUGGUCAUUUCCACAGGCUUUCUAGAUCAUUCAGAGUAUUUCAUAAAGCAAAGCAUUCCAAAUUCCUUCUGAACUACUUAAAAGCUUUUAUAAAGUACUUCAUGUUACUAUUUCUGUGUUUAUUCUUCAGAGAGAAGUAUCAGCCUUUGUUACUUGUGUUAACCCAUUCUUCAGAGUGGAAGUAAUGUUUUCUUACAUGGUUUCCAGUUCUUUUUAAGUCUCAAUAAUUUUGCUGGUAUUAAAUAUUCUCUUCAAACUGUCUCUAAAAAAUAGAGAAGUGUUUGACACCAAAAGCUUUACUGUGUCAGUUAUGCUGUUGAGUAAAUGUGGUAAGUGCCCACUGAUGGCUUUGGGAUUUUUUAAAAUUCUGGUAAUAUUUUGUUUAAUUUUUUUUUUAUGAUGAACAAAAACUCAUGUAGCUAAAUAAUCCAUACUCUGUUUUACUUUGCUUCUGGGGAAGACACUACCACUGGAUCCAGUAUUUUAAAUGUUACUACCCUGGGGGCUGGUUUGUUUGUUUGGGGGUGGUACAGUAUAACUUCAUCCAGAUUGAUAAAAUCGUAGUUUUGGGGUUUUAAAACUACUUUUAAAAUAAAUACUAUUUUUUUUUCCCCUCUCU